CAGGUAGAGAAAAAAAAAAUAUUGCCAAGUAGGGGCAGCUAAGUGGUGCAGUCAGGAGGACCUGAGUUCAAAUCUGAUCUCUGACACUUAACACUAGUGUCACUUAAAAAAAAAAAAGAAAAAGAAAAUAUUGCCAAGUGGUAUUUCUCCAGAAGAAGAUGCUGUAAUCUCAAAUGGGCUAUCGAGUCUAAAGACUUGGCGGUCCUGAUCCCCUCUGUCACCCUGUGCUGGUGACACUUUUGGAAUCAAUUCCUGCCGGAAUUAAGGGUUUCUGAAAUUAGCAGAGGUCCAAUGGGGUGAGGUCUGCCUCGGGUCCCUGGCUCUGAUCAAGGACUUCCUAAAUACCCAGCCCCUCCAAGGAUCCGUUUCCUGGUAGGUUUAAGAAGCUGGCUUUCUAGGUAGGCUAAAUUACCUUCUUCAAGAGCCUGGCUCCAGUAAACCUGGAAGAGGAGGAAGGGGCGGAUGAGGGAAGAAGCUGCGGGCCGAGUGGGAAGGCGAGCCUUGGAGCCAUGUGCAGCAGGCUUGCCUGGGGACCCCUCAUUUCUAUUGGGCUGUCAGGGGAUUCGGGGGAGGUUCUGGUUGGUGCGACCCUAACCCAGGCCAAAUUCGGGACUUUUGGAGGUGGGAGACGUUCUGGGGCUGAACUCGGAGGCUGGGGCGGCGCCAUGUGCAAGCUCCUGGAAUUUGCUAUUCCUACCCCCUCACCCCACCCUCUUUUCUGUCUUGCUCCUCCAGCCUGCGCGCAGGCAGCUGCGGCACGGGAAAAGCUCGGAGUCUUUAAAAUCUCUGCAUGGGGUGGAAGCAAAGCCGGGUUUGUUGAAGGUGGCGGAGCGAAGGCGGAGGAGAAGGCAUGGAGGGACCCUCAAUCUGCCCAAACGAAGCCUAAGACGUCGGCCUAGAGGUAUCCGUGCAGCACUCGCUCUCCCUAGAAAGAUGUGUCUAGGACACGCAGCCCAAAUACGUGUAUGUAACAGAGACUGACAGAGUCGCAGCUCAGUUUCCUUUCCAAAAGGGGAACGUCUCCUUUAAGGAGGGAGCCCUGGGUUACCCUGAGGGGCGGGACACCCUGUGCAAAUUGAGACAGCUGCAGAAGCGGCUCGCGAGCGAUGCUCUUCUUCACUUUCUGCUCCAGCUCCCGCCGCCGCUGCUUCUCUUUCCCCACCUCCUCCUCUUCCUCCUCCUCUUCUUUCUCUUCCUCCUCCUCUUCCUUCUCCUCCUCCUCCUCUCCUCCUCCUCCUGCAGCUUGCUCCGGAGCUUUUGUUUUCCGGCGCCGAGGAAAGAGCUGCUAUGUCCGGAAAGUUCCCAGAGGGAUCGGCUCAGGCCACGCUACUUGGGCUCCGCUGGGAUUCCCCGGGCUUUGUCCUUUGUCCGAGUUAGACAAACUGCUGUGGAAGAUGGAAUGCCUCUGUUUCCAAGUGUGUAUUUCCAACCCGACUAAAUGGAACCUGCUGAUUUGUGAUGAAAUAUUUCAAGCAUCCCUGUGUCUUGGGUUGAACAUUCCAACCUUCUGAAUCAAAUCAUGGUCUUCUCAGCAAUGCUGACAGCUGCCCGUCGAGGGACAGCAAACACAACUUUUGUUAUCUAUGAAAAUGCCUAUAUUAAUUUUACCACACCUCAGACUGCCCUUCCUGGUGGCAUAGAUUCACCCCUGAGACAUGGUUCUGAUACCAUGACCACAACUGAGAUCAAUUCUCUGACAGUGAAUAGUACAUCAGCCUCUUCAACGUCAGAAGCUUUUAAGAGCCUGAGCUUGCCUCUGCAGAUCAUUCUUUCUGCUAUAAUGAUAUUUAUUUUGCUGGUUUCUUUUCUUGGAAACUUUGUUGUCUGCCUUAUGGUGUACCAGAAGGCUGCCAUGCGUUCUGCAAUUAACAUCCUUCUUGCCAGCUUGGCAUUUGCGGACAUGUUGCUCGCAGUGCUGAAUAUGCCCUUUGCUUUGGUGACUAUUCUCACAACUCACUGGAUUUUUGGGAAAGUCUUCUGCAGGGUGUCGGCUAUGUUCUUCUGGCUCUUUGUUAUUGAGGGAGUUGCUAUCCUUCUUAUAAUCAGCAUCGACAGAUUCCUGAUUAUAGUUCAGAGGCAGGAUAAGCUGAACCCAUAUCGCGCCAAGAUGCUUAUUGCUAUUUCUUGGGCCACUUCUUUUUGUGUGGCAUUCCCUUUGGCCGUGGGCAACCCCGAGCUGCAGAUGCCUUCCAGAGCUCCUCAGUGUGUGUUUGGCUACACCACCGACCCUGGGUACCAAGCCUACGUCAUAUUGAUCGUUCUCAUUUCUUUCUUUAUUCCUUUCCUGAUGAUGCUGUAUUCUUUUAUGGGCAUCCUCAAUACUGUUCGGCACAAUGCAGUACGAAUUCAUAGUUAUCCUGAGGGCAUAUGCCUCAGUCAAGCCAGCAAGCUGGGUCUCAUGAGUCUGCAAAGACCCUUCCAGAUGAGCAUCGACAUGAGCUUUAAGACACGUGCCUUCACCACCAUCUUGAUUCUUUUUGUUGUCUUCAUCAUCUGCUGGGCCCCAUUCACUACCUAUAGUCUCGUGGCCACCUUUAAUAGCCACUUCUAUUACAAGCACAACUUCUUUGAGAUCAGCACCUGGUUACUCUGGCUCUGCUACCUCAAAUCUGCUUUAAACCCACUGAUUUACUACUGGAGAAUCAAGAAAUUUCAUGAUGCCUGCCUAGACUUAAUGCCCAAGUCCUUCAAAUUUUUGCCACAGCUCCCGGGCCAUACAAAACGGCGCAUUCGCCCCAGUGCUGUUUAUGUGUGUGCAGAGCACCGAACAGUAGUGUGAAACAAAAACAAUUGCAUGUUUACAUAUGGGUGGUAGUUUUUUUCCACCUUUUGACAGAUUUUUUUAAAAUAUGAUUUCCUUAUCUUACACACACACAUA